UCAAAUACUUUAUUUUCUAAAGCAAUUUAUUAUUAUUAAUAAUUAAGAAAAAAAUUAAAUAUUGACAAAAUAUCAAAAAAAAUGAACACUAAGUUAUUAAUUGCUCUUCCUAUCUUGGCUCUCUUAUCUAUUGGUGCUGUCUUUUUGAUUGCCCACAAGAAGGCUCACGUUGUUGAUAAUAUUCCUGUUGUUGAUGGUACUACCGUUGAUGAAACCCCUAAGGACAACAACACCACUGUUGACCCUAUUACUCCUAAGAACACUGUUGAUAUUGAUGACUGGUAGAGAUGUUUCCAAAAAUUACCAGUUAAAAUGUGCGAUGACUUAACUACUGAAGCCGAUAGAUCUGACUGUUACUCAGCUUCUUACUAAGCCUCUCAAUUAGUCUUCCCUGACACUACUAAGGAACUCCCCUCUUGUGUUUCUUUCUACUAAUACUAAAAGGCUUCCUAAACUGAUGCUCCUGUCAACUAUAACAAGUACUACUAAGACUGUUUCCUUAACGCUGACGCCGUUAAAGCUGCUAAGACCUCUGCUUACUAUUACAACAGUAUUUAUGCUCCCAAAUACAUCACCUGCGCUGGUUUCUGA